UACAGCUCAACGAGUCAGUUGCAGACUGAACCUCGUUCCGACAGGAUGAGCUGGGUUAAAUCUGUGGUGCUUCUGGGAUUGCUUUUGGCGCCACUGAUCGAGUGUGCCAAGUUGGUUGAAGUUACUCCAGUUUCCGGUAACGCCGAAGAUCGCAAGUUUCCGGAAUGGUUCAAAUUUGGCGCGGCCACAGCCGCCUACCAGAUCGAAGGAGGCUGGAACGAGGACGGGAGGGGAGCCUCGGUUUGGGAUACACUGACCCACGAUCAUCCGGAGCUGGUGGUGGACAGGGACAAUGGGGAUGUAGCCGCCGAUUCGUACCAUCGCUUCCGGGAAGAUAUCAAGGCUCUUCAGGAAGUUGGGUUCAACUUCUACCGCUUCUCGAUCUCUUGGGCACGGAUACUUCCGGAGGGUGAUCUUUCCUCGCUGAAGCAAGCCGGGAUCGACUACUACAACAAGCUGAUCGAUGCCCUUAUUGAGGCCGGCAUUGAACCCGUUGUGACCAUGGUUCAUUACGACCUGCCUCAGUACGUUCAGAAUCUCGGGGGGCUGGUCUCGCCCCUGUUUGUCAAGUACUUCGAGAUCUACGCCGACACGCUGUUCCGAAACUUUGGUGAUCGCGUUAAGAUGUGGAUCACCCACAACGAACCGUUUGAUUUUUGCGUCGAGGGUUACGGUUCCGGGAUCGACGGACCUUUAGUGCGCGCUUCUGGCGUUGGAGAAUACUUGUGUGGACAUUACACGCUGCUGAGCCAUGCUGCGGCAUAUCAUCUGUACGAUCAACGCUACCGUAAGGAGCAAGGAGGCUCAAUUGGGAUCACGCUGAGCGGAAGGUUCUUCUUCCCAGCCAGCAACGAAACUGCGCCAAGCGUAAUCGAUCGAGCCCUCCAAUACCAGCUAGGGUGGUUCACUCACCCGCUGUUUAGCGAAUCCGGUGGUUAUCCUCCAAUCAUGAUCGAAGACAUCGCAUAUCACAGUCUUCUGGAAGGUCGCACCAUGUCCCGACUGCCGGAAAUGUCCGAACGAGAGCGAAAGCUCAUCAAGGGAUCCGCCGACUUCCUCGGGUACAACUACUAUAGCAGUCGUCUGGUUGAUCGUGAUCCCCGAGAGUACGACAUCGGGAGCCCACCGUCGUUGGACAAGGACGCCGGACUGAUCUACAGCGUCAGACCCUCGUGGAAGCGGGCCAAAUCCACCUGGUUGUAUGUGGUUCCGGAGGGACUCCGAGGUAUUCUGAACUGGUUCAAGGAAGAGUACAACAACCCACUGGUGUUCAUAACGGAAAACGGUUUCUCGGACGAUGGACAGCUGGAUGAUCACGACCGAGUGGAGUACUACCGGGCACAUCUGGAGCAGCUACUCGGUGCAAUUUUGGAGGACGAAUGCAGUGUGAUGGGAUUCACGGCGUGGAGUAUCAUCGAUAACUUUGAGUGGUUGCGCGGUUAUAGUGAAAAGUUUGGACUGUAUUACGUAAAUUAUUCGAGUCCGACCCGGGAACGAACCCCGAAGCUAUCAUCUAAAUUUAUUCACGAAGUUAUCCAAAGCAGACAGGUUCCAUCGAAUGUGAUCAGCAGGGGCUGAUUAGAAAUUUACUUUGAAAAGUGUAUAAAAUCAGAGGUAUAGAUGAUCGUUGUCAGUCGAUCUGAAAUAACA